AUGGUCAAAGUUCAGCAGUCUGUAACAGCUGAUAGGAUACCCAAGAAAAAGCCAUAUAUUUGUGACAGUUGCUAUAAACAGUUCGAAACUCCAUCAAAGUUAGCUAGGCAUUAUCUGAUACAUACUGGUCAAAAGCCAUUUGAAUGUCAAGUAUGCCAUAAAACAUUUAGGCAGUUAGUCCACCUGGAGAGGCAUCAGUUAACCCAUAACCUGCCUUUUAAAUGUAUUGUUUGUUGUAGAAACUUCAAAAACUUAGUCACUUUCUUGAAGCAUCAGCAGCUUCAUAAUGAAACUUCUGAGAAUGAUACCAAGCAAGCAGAAAACUCUGUGAAGUCUGAGGAAGACAGGGUCACUUGUGGCAUAUUUCAAUGUUCUAUGUGCUGGAAAUCUUUUACAACUGAAGAGAGGUGGACGCUGCAUCAGUGUCUGAAGGCCGAUCAUCUACUUGGUGCCAGGAGGAGAAAGAAAACUCAUGCUUGUGAAUCAUGUAACAAGACAUUUCCAUCAAGAUCUAAGCUAGAAAGACACUUUCUUAUUCACACUGGCCAGAAACCUUUUAAGUGUUCUUCAUGUGGUAAAUCUUUCAGACAGUCAACACACUUGAAAAUCCAUCAGCUUACACACACAGAAGAAAGGCCUUUUCAGUGCUGCUUUUGUCAGAAGAGGUUUAAAAUACAGAGCAAACUCAUGAAGCACAAACAGCUCCAUGCCAGAAAUAAGAUUUUUCCUAAUAUUCUAUACAAAGCAAAGACUCUUAAAUAUCCCAGACUACACAACAUGUUGGAAGGAAAGAGGGGUAGUUUUGAGAAUGUUGACACUUACGAGGCACAGGAGAAUGACCCGCACGAUGUUCACUCGAUUUAUAUUGUACCAUUUCAGUGCCCAGCAUGUGAGCAGUGUUUUGAAACAGAGCAGGUUCUAAAUAUCCACAAAUGUUAUCUGAAAGAUGGCAAAAGUUCAAAUAAUGGUCCAACAGCCUGCAGCCACACAGUCAGCAUGAGAAAGAAGAUCCUGAUGAAGCUGAAGCAUACUGGAGGAAAGGCAACAGAUUUUUCUCUGACUGACAGAAAAAAUAAAAAAUCAGGUCACUUUAAACGCCCUGACCUGGUUGCAGCUAGAGAUCGGCGUUCUGAUCAGUGUGCUUCCACUAAACCUUUCAAGGAUUGCUGUAGCAGGCUUGACAUGCACAAGGCACUUCGUAAUCAGAUGAAAAGAACAUUUGCUGUGCCAUUACCUUGGCAAGAGAACCCGCAACCUCACAACUGUGGAAUUCAUUUAAAAGGUAUGCUUAUUGGUGAAACCAUGUUAAACGUCGAUGAUUCACUGGGUAAUAAAGAUGAUGCUUCUUAUGUUUCAUCAGAUGAUGGUUUCUUUGAUAAUCCAGAAGUACUUCGCUGUGCUUUUUCAGCUUCUGCUAAAAACUUACGUAACAGACACAAAGUGUGUAAGUGUGACAGAUGUGAAAAAAUCUUUCCCUCUUCAUCCAAACUUCAAAGACACUAUCUUAUUCAUACGGGACAGAAGCCCUUUGGCUGUAAUGUUUGUGGGAAGACAUUUAGACAGUCAGCUCACUUAAAAAGACAUCAGCUCACCCAUACUGAAAACAGACCCUAUAAAAGCCCCAUUUGCCAGGUAGAAUUUGAAAACCUGAGCAAACUUUCCAGCCAUCAGGGAGAUCAUGCUGAAUUUAAGUCUUCUCAGCCUGUGGGUUAUUCAGGUUCUUCUCAAAACUGUUCACAAGCAUCUGGCUUUCAAGAAUUUGAGCUGAUUCAGUCAAAACAAGUGUCUGAAAUCAAAGUUGAAAUUGAGUCUGGGGGCUCUGUUCUUGACACCAGCAGUAGCAACACACAGCCAUAUCUGUGUAGUGAAUUGUUCAAAGUGGAGGAAAGCUUUUACAACUACCGGCACAAUUUUUCUGAAGGUACUGAAAAAAGUGAAGUUGUUAACAAAUUGUAUCAAUGCAGUAUCUGCUUUAAAGCUUUUAAAUCACCUUCUAAGCUUGAAAGACAUUACCUAAUACAUGCUGGACAGAAGCCGUUUGAAUGUUUAGUUUGUGGUAAAAAAUUCAGACAGGCCCCACAUCUGAAAAGACAUCACCUUACUCACUCUAAAGAGCGUCCAAAGCUGAGUUCCACUGAGCAACAACUGGAGAAUAUAAUGUUUUUAUGA